GCUAACCAAACCGGCAGCGCUCGCUCGCGCACUUUUAAUAACUAUUAUAAGUCGCGGGUCGCCAUCGGCGCACGCGACUAAUUUCACCGUGGCAUGACUCAGUGACGUGACAAAAUGAGUAAAGCCGAGGUUUCGGCGGAAACCGUCGCGCCCAGCGUGGCGAUCCACGUGGAUUACUAUGAGAACUCAGCUGAGGAACACUCAAAGCUUCUAGAUGUGAAUGCUCCAACGCCGACGGUGACGCCCUCUGGCCAAAUGCGCAAAGUGAAGAGCUUCACUGACACGCACAGAAUUCGCGAUGUCACUGCAGCUUCUGGUGCAGCAUCAGCACGGUGUCUUCGACCCUAUGAGCAAGUGAAUGUAUAUAGCGACGGUUCAGACAGCGGUACUAAUCAAUAUGGUGCCCAGUCAGUGCGAUCCUUGGCAUCAAUCGGAAUGGGAUGCACCGACGGACGAAAAAUGGUAAUCAACAGAGUCCCGACUUCGCCUACGGAAUUGUUUCAUCUAGUACGUCCUCCUACACCCCCAGAUCAAGACACGGCCUCCCACGAGAGCUGCGAGGAAGAGGAAGCGGACGUCGAAGACCAUCACCUGAAACCUCGGCGGCCGUUUUGGGCUAACAAAAUACAGUUCGUGCUGGCCUGUGUGGGAUAUUCGGUUGGCCUCGGCAACGUGUGGCGAUUCCCCUAUCUUUGCUAUAAAAGUGGCGGAGGCGCAUUCCUCAUCCCCUACUUCAUAAUACUCAUUGUGUGCGGUGUGCCUAUGCUCUUCAUGGAGUUGGCAAUCGGACAGUAUACAGCGCACGGACCUAUCGGGGCGUUAUCGCAAAUAUGUCCGCUAUUCAAAGGUGCUGGUCUAGCAAGUGUAGUGAUCUCUUUCGUAAUGUCUACUUACUACGCAGUAAUCAUAGCGUGGGCAAUAUACUAUUUCUUCACGUCGUUUAAAUCUGAAGUGCCGUGGGCUAGCUGCUCGAAUAGAUGGAACACAGCCCACUGCUGGGUUCCGUUCCACAACCAUACUAAGCCAAACGGAUCACAGACGCCCACUGAACAAUUUUUCGAAAAAAAAGUUUUAAAUGUGAGCCCCGGUAUUGAGUUUCCUGGUGGAAUGCGGUGGGAACUAGCGGCUUGCUUGGUCUGUGCUUGGGUGCUGGUCUACUUCGCCCUAUGGAAAAGUAUCAAAUCAUCUGCUAAAGUUCGUUACAUCACCACAACACUGCCGUUUCUAUUGAUAAUAGUGUUUUUGGGUCGAUCACUAACACUGGACGGAGCAAACGUUGGAUUGAGAUAUUUUUUCAAACCCGAUUGGGAACUGCUAAAACAAUCGAGGGUGUGGGUGAAUGCGGCAUCACAAAUCUUCAACUCUAUUGGAGUAGCAUUCGGCUCAAUGAUUAUGUUUGCCUCAUACAAUCGAUUCGACAACAACUUCCUUCACGACACAUUAGCCGUGUCAUUGAUCAACGCAAUCACCAGUCUCAUUGUAGGAAUAUUCACAUUUGCUACGAUUGGCAACAUCGCCAUUGAACAAAACACUAGUGUGAAGGAUGUUAUCGCCGAUAGUCCGGGAUUGUUGUUUGUUGUAUAUCCGCAAGCCAUAGCGAAAAUGCCAGCGUCACAACUAUGGGCUGUUCUAUUCUUCUUCAUGUUCCUUUGUCUCGGCCUUAAUAGCCAGUUUGCAAUAGUGGAAGUAGUUGUGACUUCAAUACAAGACGGUUUUCCAGAAAUGAUACGUAAGAGACUCGUAUACCACGAGUUGCUAGUUCUCUGCGUUUGUGUAGUGUCCUUGAUGUUUGGAUUACCUCACAUACUCCACAGUGGAAUAUACGUCUUCCAACUGAUGGACUACUACGCUGCUUCUCUCAGCAUUACGUACCUCGCCUUCUUCGAAGUAGUCGCCAUAGCGUGGUUUUAUGGUGUCGGACGUUUAUCAAAUAAUAUUAAACAAAUGACAGGCCAGUAUCCGUCAUUUUACUUCCGGUUUUGCUGGCUAAUAGCGGCGCCAGCGUUAUUACUGGCGCUAUGGGUGGCUAGUUUAGUAGACUACACUCCUCCCACCUACCGGCAAUACUCGUAUCCUGCUUGGGCACAAGUGAUGGGUUGGACGAUAGCCUCGCUGUCUCUCCUGUGCAUCCCUGUAUAUGCUGUAGUGACAGUUGUACGUGCGCCGGGCAUUACUAUAGGAGAAAAAUUCCGUCACUCAAUACGACCAGCAUCGAUGUGCGAUUGCGGCAUUAGUGGUUGUGACAUAUGCUACUCCGACUCUGAACCCCCAGACGACAAAACGAAUAUAAACUAGUCAGUUUAUCCAUAGAAUAAUUUAAUAAAAUUGUAGGAGUGCAGAUUUAAAAAAAAAACAGAUAUAGUGAAUAAUCUAUAUCUAUGUAGGUAAUAGUCCAUAAGUUAUCACAAACGAAUAUCACAUAAUAUGACCAAGUCAUGUAGGUAUGUAGGUAGAUAGUUACUUUAUGAUACCAAGAAUAAACAAGGC